AUUCACCAGAAUGACUCUCUUUUGUCUGAUGACUCCUACCCUCACUUCACGGAAUGUUUUCGACAAGUUGCUUUGGCCUGGAUCCCAUGCCUCGCUUUCCUAGCGGGGGCGCCCUUUUACCUGGCCUACCUCCUGAAAUAUGACCAGCAUCCGCCCCUGCCGUUGUCCGCCCUGCACUUGGUCAAAAUUGUGAGUAUGUGAUUGUUUGCUGAGGUUUAAAACCAGUUCCAACUUGAUCGGUCAGAGAGCUGAUGCUCAAUAAGCAUCUCUGCGGCUCACAAUAAGACCUGAUAGAUGCAACCAAACCUUAUGUUAUAGUCCUGCUUUGACUACGUACUUGUACAUUAAGUUCUUACAAAUUAAUCUCUUGAUCGAAAGAACACUAGUACCCAGUAUUUCGAACUCAGCACUUAAAUUAAAACAAGUCUCGUUAUAUUUCAUUCUCCAUCACCAGAUCUGUUCCCUGGCAUUGAUAGUCGUCACGGCAGUCAACUUGAUUGUCAGUGGAACAUAUGAUGACCGAGAUAAUGUCACGGAUGCUCUCUAUGUCUCUGAGGGUCUGAAGGUCUUUUGCUUUGUAAGUGUGGGAAAUAGUUUAAGUUUUUUAAUAUAUUUUUUUCUUUAAUUUCAGUUUUAAUGCCCUAAUAAAAUAUAAAUAGUUAAACAGGGAUCAGUGUCAUAUUCUCUGUCAUGGAACUCUGAUGAUUUAUAUCUGUCUUUUUUUUUUUGUCAGAAAAUAUGCAAAGGAUAUUGCGACAUUUUUUAAAAAUCUAAAGUGAUUAACUCUAUUCUCUGACUGAAAUCUACAAUAAGAUAUUCAUGAACACUCUGUUUUAGCAAAACGAUGUAAUUUUAUAAUCACUCAUAAGCUUUACUGCUUGCAAGUGACGAGUUUGGUAAAAAAAAAUCUGUUACAGACCAAUGACCAAAAUCAUCAAACAAAAAAACAAAAAAAACAUACAGCUUACAUUUGCCCGCGGAAUUAUUUAAAAAGUAAUAGUAUUCUGACACGGGAGCUGAUUUUUUUUAAAAUCAUCCACGUCCUCCUUGAUAAGGCUGAAAUGUAUCUCUUAAUUUUUUUUUUCCAAGGUGAUGUCCAUUGUCGUGUCCUGUCUAGAGCGUCAGAAGGGUGUCACGACAUCGCCCUUUUUGUGGUCAUAUUGGAUUGUC